UUAUCUUCGCAUCAAAACUCACCCACUCCUUCCCUCUCCUGUCCUGUAUCAGUAUCAUUUACUAAAGACCAAGUCACAAGAUCAAGAGGACAUAUCCUUAAAAGAUCAUCACUCAAUGGGUCUACUAGUGGUCCUUCUCAUAUUAUAGGAAGUGGGUCCUCCCGUCAGUUUGGUAAUACCAGUAAAGUAUCAGGAGGUGGUCCUGUUAAUAAAGAUACUGGUACUGCUGGAGCCAGUGGGAGAGGAGGGAGGGCUAAGAGGAACAGUGACAGUUUUAAUGGAGACUCACAGUCUUCAGAUGAGAGGAGGCCAAAGAAGAGAAGAGGUGUUGUAUCUGAUGAGGUCAGACCUCCUAAUAUAGUAGACUGGUCUUGUGCCCUCUGUAAUCUUGGUAAUAAUGCUAGUGAGCUCAGUUAUCUGUAUGGACCUUUAAACAAUGUUAACAACAGAACUGAAGAUGUAUGGACUCAUUGGAAGUGUGCAGUGUGGGCAUCAGGUGUAUAUUUUGAUGGUGAUGAGCUAAAAGGAUUAUCUGAAGCUAUUGAAGAAGGACAAUCAUUAGUUUGUUGUAAGUGUAAUAAAUCUGGUGCUACAAUUAUAUGUCAUCUUCACUCUUGCAAGAGACCUUAUCAUUAUCCUUGUGCUCUACAAGAAGG